UCCGCGAAGCUCUGCAAACACUAAAACCUCCUGCAUUCUGUGUAUUUUUCUCGAAUUUCCAAAGGAAAAAAAGUUGAAUAUAUAAAAAAAAUAAUCUUGAAAUAAAAAACAAAUCCAUAAAAAAAGUUGUAAUUUAAUCGAAAAUGUCGUAAAUUUAUUGGUAUAUCGAUAAACGACUUGAUGUGAAAUUAAAUGGUACAUCCGUAUUUACAAUGUUUAAGCAUGGUAUUUGGUGAUACAUACAGAUAGUGAACAAACAGAUAUUGAAACGAAAAAGUUUUCCGUACACAUUUACGAAGAAAGUUUUUUUCUUCAUCAUCUUUUCUCUCUCUUUCGUCUGUUUUGAAGUUGACAUGGCGUUCGCACUUAUGCGCGCUCAGUGCAAUCAAUUGGAAAAUAUUGAACAAAAGUAGAAUGAAAAGCAAAUAAAUUCGAUGCACAUUAAAAAUGCGAAUUUUUAUUACCUUUAUAUACGAGCAACUUUGUUUCGACGCCCAACGUUUAAUUAGACGAAACGAGAUUUUUGUGUGAAAACAGCGAAUUUUUCGAAGAGAAAAAAAACUUUGCGAUAAAAGAGUUUCAAAGACCAUUUCGAAAGAGUUUCAAAAAAAAAAAAACUGUUGGAAAUUCUCGUUUCGAGUCAUUUCAAAGGACGAUUGUUACCAUCAUAGUUUGGUGAAAAGAGCGGACGAAAUUUUUGAAAGAGAACCUCUAUCAAAGCAGGUGAAUUACCAAAGAAAACCGUGCAAAAAAACCGUGAAUUUUUGUUUAAUUUAAAUUUUGUUGAUUUUUCAAGAGCAGUGUGCAUACAAAUCGGUGUGUUUAGCAAGAUAUAUGCAAGCGCUUAGUUAGUUAUUAUCCGAGUGAAUGUGUGUGUAUGUGAAUUGACUUGAAUUACAAAGCGAGUGUGCAAACUGUAAGCUCAAUUGUGAAUACUCGCAUUGAACAAUAGCCGUGCAUUGCAAGAAAGCGUUUGCAGAAGAAAAUAUAUGAUUACAAAACCUAUUUCCUUGAUGGUUGAAUCGCGCCAUUGCAAAGCGCUUCUCUCACACUUUCAUCAUUCAUUCGCCUCAUUCCUUCGUCGGAAAAUGUAAAUACUCACACACACAUUUCAACAACAAAACCCCCUUGUGAAACAAGCUCCUUUGUUUUUCGGUUUGUGAAAAGCGGCAACGCGCAACGGCGAUAACAAAAGCCAUAACAUAGAUUCAUCGACGGUUCUCUUUCACAUUUAGUUUUCAAUUGAAAAGUGAUUCAACGUAAAAAGCGACGUGAAAAAAAAUAAAACAAUUUUGUUUUGUGAAUAGAGCAAAUGAAUAGCGAAACGAGUGAAGAAAAACAGGGAAUUGUGUUUAACCCGUUAUCAUCCAUGGAAUACAAUGAGAACAAGACAUACGGUUUUUUUACCUUUAUGAAAAUAUCGAAUAAAUGAAACACGAACAAUUUUUGCCAAACAAUUUUAAGCUCGUUUAAUGCAAUUGAAAAUUAAUGUUUCUCAUUUAAUUAUAUGUUGAUGAAAAAUCGCCACCUCUGAUGUUAUAACUUUGGAAACGAGAGUGGGAAAAAAUAUCGUUCAGAACAGCCAGAGCUCGUUAACAGGUAAAUUGAUUCGCAAAAACUUCUGCCGCUUGGUUUUUUUUGCGAGAGAAAUGAGAUUAAAUUGCAUGGCAUCAAAUGGAAAACUUUUCUGAAACGUAAAAUUAACGUAAAAACCGAGCUCGAAUAGAAAGCAAAACAAGGAGAAAGACGUGGCAGAACGAACAAGCAAGGUGCCGUCGAAUCGACGAAGCCAAGAAAACAGAUAGUGAUUGAUGCUACAAUAGCUUGUUCGACACUCAUCGUACAACUAAUACCCAUCAAUAUUUCAUUGAGCCAAGGUAUAGGCGAAAAAUUUUUGAUUCCCAAACACAAACACGUGCUCUUUCACUCAUCGAUUUGCAUCACAUUAAUAAUUCAACAACGGUGGAAACGGCAAUAUACCACACCGUCUAUUUAUAUUGUUUGUGGACUUUCUCAAUUUCGGAACAUGUGUCAAAGAUCAUACUAAAUUUGCUGUUGCCGCUGCUGCUACCGUACGAGAGGCAGCGUACAACCGAACCGAACGAUUUAAUUAAGAAACUGACAAAUUGUGUGACAGCCAAGAGAUGAAACAAAUGGAUUUACCGAAUUGCAUGUAUUAAACAACAUACAGAGGAGAAAAUUGAAAAUUUUACAAAGACGCAUCAUUGGAUUUGUUAUUCAUCUCGGAUUGAAAAGGCGGAGAGAUAUCUCGAGAAGUCAUUAGGUAGUGACUGUCGAUAACAAAAAAAAUUGAGUGAUUCAGCUUGAACGCGUACAUCAAAAUCGAAUACAUACAGAAAGAGACGAGAAAAAAGAAGCGUAUUUAUAAACAAAUCGUAUUGUGUAAUUUGACCACACGGAGACACUCUGCUUAAAGUGAAAGCAUCGUCAUCAUGAUCCAACACUUAUUCCAACACCGUCAUUACAUUAUUAUUUUUACAUCGAUUCUCUACACAUUUAGCGAUGCCAUCAUGAGGCCAGAUAUCGAGCAAAUGCAGCCGUCAUCAUCAGCACCACCAACAUUGUCAUCAUCAACGACGACAACAACAACCACCACCACCACCACGACACAGCGACCGAAUAUAACAAUGAAUCCAGUAACACGCAGCCAACGGUUAAUAAGUUCGUUAUCAGUAUCAACCGAAAAGCCGAAUUCGGCAAGCAAAGGAAUCACUAACGUAUCGUCAAAGUCGAUAAUUAGCUCACCACCAUCGAUUGCUCUACCGCUAACCGCACCAUCGUCAACAGAACCAUUAGUAAAACCUAAUCUCCAAAAUGAUUUUGACAUUGGACCGUAUUUAGAUGACACCCGAAUCACAAAUAUCACCGUACAAAUUGGCACCAAUGCCUAUUUACCCUGUAAGGUAAAACAAUUGGGCAACAAAUCUGUUUCAUGGGUGCGUGUACGUGACGAUCACAUACUGAGUGUUGACAGGAUUACAUUCAUAGCGGACGAGAGAUUUCAAGCGUAUUUCAAAGAAGAGUCAAAACAAUGGGUGCUGCAAAUUAAAUACGUGCAACCAAGAGACGAAGGACUAUACGAAUGCCAAGUGUCUACUGAGCCGAAAGUCAGUGCACGCGCUUAUUUGCAUGUGGUUGUGCCCAGAACCGAGCUCAUUGGUGACUCCGAUCGAUACGUAAAAACUGGCAGCACAGUUCAUUUGCAGUGCAUCAUUUAUGGAGCUAUUGAGCCACCCACGUACAUCAUGUGGUAUCAUGAUUCGCAUCCAAUUCAUGCCGACAACAAAUUCGGUUACAAAAUGCACUUGAUUAAAUCAAACAUUUUACGGAACAACAACGAUGGCAUCAAAUACGAACUCAACGAUCUCGUACAAUCACCACUGGACGAUAAUAUUCAACGUCAAAAUUCGGUUGGUUCAUUGCUCAUCGAAUCCACCAAAAAGUACCAUAAUGGUAAUUAUUCAUGCAAUCCAUCGAACAGCGCACCAGCCACAGUCACUUUGCAUGUCAUCAGCAGCGAAUCUUCUGCGUCAGCGGUCACAUCGUCGGCAAGUCAAAAGCAUUUGCUUUCAUUCUUCUUUUACGCGUUCUGUGUAAUUGAAAUACUUUUGACGAUAGCACUGCCGCACCUCAGACGAACGUGAUUUCAACGCAAUCCACAGAUGUCGAAUUUAGCAUUUGAGCAGUAAUAAAAACAAAAUAAUAACACAAUUUAUUAAGUAAAUAAUUUAGACUUGAAUUACGAUUUUUAGCCCGAUUAGUUCAUAAAUAUAAUUAUUUCGAUAUAAUGUUAGUUUAAAUGAAAAUUAAUCUAGAAUAUAAGAUAAAACAUCACAUUUUUUGUUUUCGUUUAAUUUGGAAUGAGCCACUUUUGAAUUGUAUCGAAACGAUUUGACAGAGCAACCAAGUCAAGGUUCAAGACAGAUUGAUUUUAUUCAUGUAAACUCGUUUGGUUUAUUCAAUAA